CAUAAUCCACCUAUUUCAGUCAAACUAACCGAUUCUAAUUUCCUAAUAUGGGAACAGCAAGUAGAAGCUACAAUAUGGGGAUAUGGUCUUGAGUCAUAUCUCAUUGAAGACCGUGUAGAAAUUCCAGUGGCCAGUGCUUCCGCCACCGCGAUGUCUCCGGAAUAUUUGGCUUGGCGUCGCCAGGACCAACGUCUAGCAGCUUGGCUACUGUUUUCUCUCUCCAGAGUGCUUUGGUCUUGGUUGUGGGCCUAAAGACCACUAAGGCUAUCUGGAAUGCGUUGCAGACAAACUUCGCCAGUCAGUCGAAGGCGAAGAUAAUGCAAUUCAGGCUGCAACUUCAGAAUACCAAAAAGGAUAUGCUCCCAAUGCAGGAGUAUCUCAACAAGAUGAAGUCAUGUUGCGAUUUCUUAGGAUCGGCAGGUUGCAAGAUAUCUGAUGAGGAUCAGAUUCUCUACAUCCUUGGAGGUCUACCUCAAGACUACAAUCCAGUAAUUGUGUCGAUUUCGUCCAGAUGCGAACCUUGGACUGUACAAGAAGUAAGUGCACUUCUUUUGAGUUUUGAAUCCAGGCUUAGCAUGGAAGAAGGAAAAGUUGGCAGCAUGGAGGGGUCACAACCUUCACUUCAUUUGGCCCAGCAAGCUAUGCAGAAAAAGGACAGCACUAAUCCCACUAGAGGAGGUUUCAACAAUUCUGGCAGAGGAAAUUUCAAAUCCAACAGAGGAGGAAGAGGAGGAAGAAAUCUAUAUGGCAGUGGAAGACUUAUUUGCCAACUUUGUCAAAAACCAGGUCAUGGAGUUGACAAAUGCUGGUACAGAUAUGAAGCUAGUCCCUUACCUCAAGUUCCUCGAGGAAAUUCACAGCAGCAACAACAUUUCAACUCGAGUCCAUCGGCUCACUUGGUACAAACUAGAUCUCAAUCUGUUGUAACCUCUCAGUCAGUUGUAUGUACAGCUUUGAUGGAGCAAAUUCUACCACUUGGUUUCCUGAUUCUGGAGCUACCAAUCAUGUCUCCAAUGAUCUCAACAAUCUGAAUAUUAGCUCGAAGUACACAGGAGGUGUCCAAGAAAAUCGUGCUCCGAGGAACCUUUAACAAUGGUCUCUAUCAAUUUCUUGUUCACCAGCCUUCAAUCAAGCGAGGUCCUGACCUCAAUUUAUCUUUUGAUCAAGUGAAGACACCCACUGUGUGCUCCACAUCCUUGGGAUCUCCUGCAGUUUUUAGUUCUAGUUUGAAUCUUGCUUUAUGGCACAAUAGGCUAGGUCAUCCUACUCAUGAUGUAAUCAAGAAUGCACUCAACAGUUGUAAUAUUCCUUACACAUCAAUGAAAUCAAGCUUUCCUUGUCA